CCCUUGCAGGAGGCAGUGAGUUCGGUCGAGUCUUCCCGUGCUCUGCUCACAUAUUUAGCACAGCUCUUCCCUUUCUUCUAUCGUGCUUCAUUAUCGGUGAUACAAUGUCUAGCCCAGACGUGGUCCUUGCAGCACGGGCGGCGCGGGCCGACGUUGGUUUUCUCAGCAAAGGUUUCGCUGAAUUGUUAGACCUGGAGGAUCCCUUGCGAGAUUUUAGAGGAAGAUUUGAUUAUCCGAAGAAGGGCGCUUUGCCCGAUGUUAAGGUAGAAGGCGAAGAGACUGCAGAAGAGUGCUUGUAUUUCAGCUCCCUGAAUCUAGGUCUCAAACCAAAAGAGGCAGACUCUGCUGUACAAACUCAGCUGGAAAAGUGGGGCCUCCUGGGCGUUGCGGCCUAUGGGGCAAAGCCUUUGCCCAUCCACGUCUGCGACAGUUUCGGGACCGAAAUGAUGUGUCGACUGGUGGGAGCCGAUCCGCGAUCUGUCGCCUUGAUGAAUGGACUCACCGUGAACCUUCAUCUUCUGUUUAUCUCGUUUUAUCAGCCAACUCCUCAGCGUUACAAGAUACUGACUGAGGCCGCAGCUUUCUGUUCUGACAUGUACGCAUUCAGAAGUCAGGCUGAGAUGCGAGGCUAUGAUCCAGAUGACGCGGUGGUUGAGGUUUCUCCUAGAGAGGGUGAAUAUACGCUCCGUACAGAAGACAUCAUUAAGGUGAUCGAGGAACAGGGCGACACCGUGGCUGUGGUAUGCAUGAGCGGAGUGCAGUACUACACGGGCCAGAAGUUUGACAUGCAGGCUAUCACGAGGGCGGCGCAAGCGGCGGGCGCUCUGGUCGGCUGGGACCUGGCGCACGCCGUGGGCAACGUCGACCUGCGGUUGGACGAGUGGGGCGUCGACUUCGCUUUCUGGUGUUCCAAUAAGUACCUCUGCAGCGGGCCCGGCGCGAUCGGCGGCGCUUACGUGAACGGGCGCCACCACGGGCGGCGGGCGGCGCACCUGAAGGGCUGGUGGAGCAACCGAGAUUCAACGCGGGUGGAGAUGCGGGGCGAGUGCGACACCGCUGAGGGUGCGGGCGCCUUCAGGAUCACCACGCCUUCGCCCAUCCUCGUUGCCAUGGCCUGCGUUAGCUUACAGAUUCUGGACGAGGCAAGGAUGCAACGCAUGGUGGAGAAGCAGUUCCUUCUGACGGGGUUCCUGGAGGCGCUCCUCAAGAGGCAUUUCGGCGGCAGCGGAGAGGAGGCGCCGCUGAGGAUCAUCACGCCCGAGGACCCCGCCCAACGUGGCUGCCAGCUCUCCAUUCUCUUUCCUGCGGGCGCGGCGAAGGUCCACGCUCGGCUGCAGGAACGCGGGGUAGUGUGCGACCUGAGAGCGCCGCGAGUGCUGCGUGUGGCACCGUCGCCUCUGUAUAAUUCCUUCACAGACGUCUUCACUUUCGUUCGAGUCCUUUUGGAAGUGAUGAAGGAAACCCAUUAAUGGAAAAUGGCAAGAGGCACAGUGCUAUAUGACCAUUGAUAUAUAGUGUAUAUAUGUUUCUUUGUUUUUUAUUUCUUUUUUUUUUUUUCUUUUUCUUUCUUUUUUUUUCUUUUUUCUUUUUUCUUUUCUUUUUUUUUACCAUUAACCAUUAACCAUUGGCAGCGUAUAAUCUUUUGCUGUACAUUGGUUAUAUAGCUGUGCUGUACAAUUAUACUAUAUAAAACUUUUUUUUUGACUUGUGUAUGUCCUUGUAGUCACUGACUGUCACCAAACCCAUGUACAGCAACGUUGAUAUAUGUAGGUAUACUUAUAUAUAUGUAAACAUAUAGGGUUAAAUAACUGUAUUGUUGACAUUAUGUUUUGCUUAUGAUUUUUGC